GUCUUUCCCGUGAUGCUUAGCAAAACCAAAUUAGACGGUCGGCUAAAGAAAACAUUUGUUAUUUUACAGCCUCUGUUUUUAGGAGUUAAACGUAUAAAACUAGACACUGGGAUUGACACCGAUAGGACAAAUAAUUCAGUGGCGCUUAACGAGAAGAUUUAUUGGGGCACGGCAUCAUGGAUCAGGAUUAUGAGUGCAGGCUGCUCAGGCAGAUCAAUAUCCAAAAUGAGAAUGCAAGCCCCAUUAAAGCUGUAGGAGCAGUGCGAGCUCUGACACCCACCAGCUCCCCCCUGUCCUCCCCUAGCAAGCAUGGUGAUCGCUUCAUUCCCUCCCGGGCUGGAGCCAACUGGAGUGUCAACUUCCACCGCAUCAAUGAAAUUGAAAAGUUGCACAAUCAAAACAGAAAAACCAAAGAUGGCACAACGGACAGCAACAAAGCAGACGGCCUGGCUUACUCAGCUCUGCUGAAGAACGAGCUGCUGGGAGCAGGCAUCGAGAAAGUCCAGGACCCCCAGUCAGAAGACCGCCGUCUGCAGCCAUCAACUCCUGCCAGGAGGAGCCUUUUUAGUUAUUCUGUAAGUACCAAGAGGGCUCUACCUGAAGAAGAUGGAAACACAGUUUCUCCCUAUUCUCUCUCACCGGUCAGCAGCAACAGUCAGAAACUGCUGCGGUCACCAAGGAAACCUACGCGCAAAAUAUCUAAAAUUCCUUUCAAAGUUCUGGACGCUCCAGAGCUUCAGGAUGACUUCUACCUCAACUUAGUGGACUGGUCCUCUCUGAAUGUGCUCAGUGUUGGACUGGGUACCUGCGUCUAUCUGUGGAGUGCCUGCACCAGCCAGGUGACACGUCUGUGUGAUCUUUCUGUAGAAGGAGAUUCAGUAACAUCUGUGGGCUGGUCGGAAAGGGGUAACUUGGUGGCGGUGGGGACUCAUAAAGGAUAUGUACAGAUUUGGGAUGCAGCAGCAGGGAAGAAGCUCUCUGUUCUAGAAGGACACACAGCCAGAGUGGGUGCUUUGGCAUGGAAUGCAGACCAGCUGUCGUCUGGGAGCCGCGAUCGGGUGAUCCUGCAGCGCGACAUCAGAGCCCCGCCUCUCCAGUCAGAGCGUCGUCUCCAAGGACACAGACAGGAAGUCUGCGGGCUCAAGUGGAGCACUGACCACCAGCUGCUAGCCUCCGGUGGAAACGAUAACAAGUUACUUGUGUGGAACCACUCGAGCGUCCUCCCGGUACAGCAGUACACUGAGCACUUGGCCGCGGUGAAGGCCAUUGCCUGGUCUCCCCACCAGCACGGCCUGCUGGCCUCCGGAGGCGGCACCGCAGACCGCUGCAUCCGCUUCUGGAACACUCUUACCGGCCAGCCGUUACAAUGCACAGACACUGGCUCUCAGGUCUGCAACCUGGCCUGGUCCAAGCACACUAAUGAACUGGUCAGCACACAUGGUUAUUCCCAGAACCAGAUCCUGGUGUGGAAGUAUCCCUCCCUCACUCAAGUGGCCAAACUUACCGGACAUUCCUAUAGAGUGCUCUACCUGGCCAUGUCCCCGGAUGGAGAGGCCAUUGUGACGGGAGCUGGAGAUGAAACCCUUCGUUUCUGGAACGUCUUUAGCAAGAUGAGAUCCACUAAGGAAUCUGUGUCUGUGUUGAACCUCUUCACCAGGAUCCGAUAGUAAGCACACUCAGUAUUGCAAGGGACCAGAACUGGGAAGGGGCUUCAUCUUUGCAUGUAUCAGGAUGUGAGUGGGCUCCUCCUUUCAGUUCACCCCAGUAGUCUACAAAGGACCCCCUUGAUUGCCCUUAGUCAUUUUAACCUGGAGGUGAGCACGGCCUGAGUGUCGAAGGCAGAGGAGACGCAUUCAUACACACAUACAGUAUUCUGCUGUCUCCUGAACGAUGGAAGCCGCUGCCUCCUCCAGCAGACCAGUGAUCUCUGCCGACAAGGAUGAUUAACUUUUGUUUACAGACUGAUUUGUGCUUACCUGCCAAAUACUGAGUUUGUUCUUUUGAUUGUGUAUUUAUUUUUGUUUUGUUUUGUUUGAUUGUUUGUUUGUUUGUUUUUUAAAACACAUUUUUAACACUCUUCCUAGUAUGUUUUUGUUUUGAAGGCCGGUAGAUGUCCUUUUGUUUGUGCAACUGCAGGCUUUGCUGUUGAGUACGUUGUGGUUUUGUUUGGGAAAACACAGAAAAAAGACAACCUGAUCUUUGUACUUUCUACACCGAUAACAGUUAAAAUAAUCCUAUGCUGUUUUGAGAGCUGUUAGUGGUUAACAAGGAUUGGAUGAAUAAUCCUGAGUUUUUUUGUUUUGUUUUUUUUAAUCUGACACAUCAGGUUCAUUUUAGUGUGUAAACGAUACACCAAUAAUGAUAUUAAACUGUAUCGGCUGAUUGUUUCGUAAUCUCUAGAGAAAAUUCUUAUAGCACAUGGCACAUCUUUAGAAAAUAACCAACCACUGUACAUUGGAACUGUUUACAAAAGUAAUUCACAUGAAAAUUAGGAGAUUUUUAUAUGACUCGUUUUGAAGCUUUUCAUCCAUCUUGGUUUUCUUUCUUUGUCAAAUGCAAAAUCAGGCAGGCUGAUGUAAAACUAAAACACUUUGGUUUAUCAGUGUAGUUUGUAACAGCAGGUGAAGCACAGAGUGAAAAACAUUUGGUAUUAAAUUGGAGUGAAAUGCUGCUCUGUUGUUGGGCUUCUGCUUUGUGCUGUGUCUGCUAAGAUAUUCAUGCUUGGGGCACUUGUCUUUAGUUACUUCAGACCAUUUCAGUUUUGAACAGUAAUGCGUUUUUGUUUUUUGUUUUUUUGGUUUCUUUUGUUUUUUUUAAAAUCUGAUUUCUUAUCUGCAACAUUUUCCCCCAAUUGUGAUUUUAUUUUUUCCCUGUUUGAAUGUUUGAGGCAACUAGCGUGUCACAUUUAACUGAAUGCUAUUUAUUUGUGUUGUGUACAAAGGUUCUUGUACAGAAAUGGCAUGUUUUUUUACUUAUGUUAUCUAAGGGAGGCUGAUGGGCAGUUUCACUGCUAAACUCAACGGAAAUUUCUUUUAAUGCCACUUCAAUAUCAAGACGAUGCUGCCAACUUGAGUUACAGAAAGAAUGUUAAAAAGAAAUAUUUCUGUACUGACAGAUAAUCAACAAUUAAAUGAUCAUAUCUUGUUAUCUUGUA